GUGCUGGUGUUGGCUUUGACACGCCUAUUCUCUCUCUCUCUCUCUCUUGCUCUGUCUCUCUCUGUCUCUGGGGCUAGUUACCUCUCUUGUUUGUGCCGGCGGCUCUAUGCCCUAGGCUCUCUCUUUCUUAUAAACCGCCGCCGCCGCAACAAAUCGGGAAUCGAAUCGAAAAUUUAAGGGCCUUAGCUGCUUUUGCUGUGCAUUGUGAACAGCUCCUGCUUUUUCAGAGCAUAAGAAAAGAGGAUGAUUGACUGCUGCAAUGUUAUUGUGAAGGAAUCAAGUCCAAUCAAAUUCAUUUUCACCUGUUCCAACUGAUCAGUUGAAGUUCGGUUUAAAUUUCUACUUUAAGAAAUGGAUCGGUGUGACACAUCAGGAUUUGUUAGUGGGGGUGGGAUGGAAUCCUUAGGAGACAUCUAACCCUAGUUUUGUAGCUAAUAUUCUUCACCCGGAAGUCAGGCAGACUGUUUGUUGCAACUAAGAUUAGGGGUUUGGUAGCAUUGUAACUAUUCAGCUUUUAUUUCAUGGAUACCAGGUGCCAGAACUUGGGGUUUACUGCAAAUUAUUCCUCAAAUGCAUUCAAGAUUUUGGGAAAUUCGGGGCAAGUUGUGGGAGCUGGAGCUGUAGCUGAGUAUGUCACAGAUACUGAUUUACGGCUUGAUUUUCCUGGUUCUUCUAUACCUUACAUGUCCACCUCAAAGGGUAUCAAAAGGAAGUGGGGUUUGGUGGAUGGGUCCAUGGGCCAGCUAGUUGGCUCUUCAUUGUCUCUUGGGCUUGGCUGUUCAUCAAGCUCCUCAGAUAGCAAGGGCAGUUCAGCAACUGCUUGCACUACAAUGUCUUCAGCCAAAGAAACAGAUGAGGAGUCCUCAAUGGAUAUUGAAUUGGACUUCUCGCUCCAUCUCAGUGGUGAGAAGGUACCCAGCCCGAAAAAACCUGCUAGUUCAAAUUUGAAAGCACUGGAGCUGCCACUCAAGGUUGAUUUGGAGUUAAGUCUCUCUACUGGGCUCUCUGAAUCCGACAUCACUAGUGUCCAUCCAGAUUCAACUCCGUUUCAUUUGGGAAUGGAGAUGCCACCAAUUGUUUGUGGGGCCCAAAAUGCGGAUGAAGGAUCAACGUCAUGUCGGUGGAAACCAGGGAUUAUUUUGCCGUCGUUGAAGACUCCAAUGAACCCAGCGGCUAGCUUUCUUUUCAACCCAGUUCCCAGAAAAAUUGAUGCAAUUCCUAUUGUUCCAGACCUCUCAUCAAGUUUAUUAACAACAGCAAACAGCUCAGUCACCUGUUCUUCUCGGAUAACACAGCAGCAACAUGCACAACUUCGUAGUGGUAGUUCUAAGACAUGUCAAGUCGAGGGAUGUGGAAAGGGGGCCAGAGGUGCUUCUGGCCGUUGUAUUUCUCAUGGAGGUGGUCGGAGGUGCCAGAGGGUUGGUUGCCACAAGGGAGCUGAGGGUCGGACUGUGUACUGCAAGGCUCACGGGGGUGGUCGGCGAUGCGAGCACCUUGGGUGCACAAAGAGUGCAGAAGGGCGGACAGAUUACUGUAUUGCCCAUGGUGGUGGUCGGAGGUGCAGUCAUGAGGGUUGCACUCGAGCUGCCAGAGGAAAAUCAGGAUUGUGUAUCAGGCAUGGUGGUGGGAAGAGAUGUCAAAGAGAAAAUUGCACAAAGAGUGCAGAAGGCCUCUCAGGUCUUUGCAUCUCACAUGGAGGUGGCCGCCGAUGCCAAGCUAGGGGAUGCACAAAAGGGGCACAAGGGAGCACAAUGUUUUGCAAGGCUCAUGGUGGGGGGAAACGGUGUACGGCUCCAGGGUGCACCAAAGGUGCUGAGGGGAGCACGCCUUAUUGCAAGGGCCACGGUGGAGGGAAAAGAUGUGCAUUCCAAGGUGGGGUUUGUACGAAGAGUGUGCAUGGAGGUACCAACUUCUGUGUGGCACAUGGGGGUGGUAAAAGGUGUGCUGUGCCUGAGUGCACAAAGAGUGCAAGGGGAAGGACAGAUUAUUGUGUCCGUCAUGGUGGGGGGAAGAGAUGCAAGUUUGAUGGGUGUGGCAAAAGUGCACAAGGAAGCACCGAUUUUUGCAAGGCACAUGGUGGAGGAAAGAAGUGUUCUUGGGGCCAUCCUGGAUCAGAAUAUGGCAGCCAACCUGGUGGCCCUUGCAACUCCUUUGCCAGGGGGAAGACAGGUCUCUGUGCUCAUCAUAGUGGCCUGGUUCAGGAUAAGAGGGUUCAUGGAGGUGUUACCCUGGGACCUAUGGUUCAGGACCCUGAUCUCAUCCAGCCAGGGAAAGAGGUCAUCACUGAGGAUAUGAAUGUUGAUGUUCUGAAGAUAGGGAGAACCUAUUCUGAUUUGAAACCAUAUGGAGUCCCAAAUGCUCAACUCUCAGUUGGGGAAGGAAACCUCCCAUUGGUGCCGGUAUAUGUUCCAGAAGGUAGGGUGCAUGGGGGAAGUUUGAUGGCAUUGCUGACAGCCAGUUCUGAUCUUGGCUCAAGCAGGGGUAAAGGUGUAGUUGUUGCUUCAUCAGAGCCAAUGAAAUCUUACAGGACCCCUCAUGGCUGGAUGUAAGGCUACUUUCUCUCCCUUGUUCUUCAUAUUAUCCCGGUGGUUGGUAGUGUUGUUCAGCAUGUUUGUGUCCUUUGCUUCUAGUUUGUUCAGUGGUUUGAUCUCGUUAGAAGUAGUUCUCAUUCAUUGGUUCAAAUGGAGAGAACCCGUAAAUGCUUUGACACCCUUCUGUAAUAGUUGGGGAAAUGAAGUUAGGAGAUAGUUUGCAUUUCGAGUCAGGUCUUUGGUGUUCUUUCCUGUAAAUAGUAAUAUUUUAUAUUUGUCCAGCAGGUUAUUGUGAAUACAGGUUACUACCUGUAAGUUUGGUCAGUUGGUCAGACAUUGUGGUUGUAAUAAAGUCUUUACCGGGAUCAUGUUUCCUGUUGCAGUGCU